CUCCUUUUUUCAAGACAUGGGUGUACAGCUAUAAGCACUUGAGGGGGGAUAAAACCCCUGGGUUGCUAAAGGAAAGGGGUAUUACAGAGCAGGAUGGCGAGGGGCAAAGCUCUACUGCUCUUCCAUGGAUUUGUCCUGCUGGCUCUGUGUAGACCCUCACUUCAAGGAGGAGUCUACAUUCCAACAGCAGGAGGAGGAGGGCCAGCAGUAGGGGCUGGAAUUGGUCCUGGUUUUGGACAAGGUGUUGCAGCUGGUCCAGCAGGGGGUAUUGGAGGUGGACUUGGUACUGGAAUUGGUCCAGGGGUUGGCGUAGGCACAGGACUCGGCCCUGGAGGUGUAGGGACCGGAGUUCUUCCAGGAAGUGGUCUUGGUACUGGUCUUGGAGGUCCAUUGGGAACUGGACCAGGAACUGGCACCGGUCCUGGAACCGGAGGAGUCCCAGGAAGGUUUUUUGGUUACAAGCCUGGGAAGACUGGUCCUGGUGGAGCAGGACUUGGAACUGGAGUGUUUGUUCCUGGCACUGGUACAGGAGGAGUAGGUCCAGGUGGUUAUGGCACAGGUCUUGGAACAGGUGGACCAGUCAGUGGAGGUCUUGGAACUGGUGGAAUAGGUAUUGGUGGCUUGGGAACUGGAGGACUAGGUGCAGGGGCUGCUGGAAAACCUCCAAAAACAGGUGCAGGAUUUGGUGCUCAGGGACUUGGAACUGGUGCUCUUGGAGCUGGUGGACUAGGCAGACUUGUGCCUGGAGGUGCUGGUACUCUUGGAGCAGGCACUGGACCUGGAGGGGUUGGUCCAGGUGGCCUUGGACCGGGUGGUAUUGCCCCUGGUGGAUUUGGAAUCACUGGUGUUGGCCCUGGUGGACAAGGCAUCAGAGGAAAACCUCCAAAACUAGGAGGUUUAGGUGGGCUUGGCACCGGACAGGGUGUUGGACAAGGAGGAGUUGGUCCUGGAGGAAUUGUUCCAGGAGGAUUUGGAACAGGCAGCCGACCAGGAGAAGUUGGUCCAGGUGGAAUUUAUCCAGGAGUAGGACCAGGAGGAAUUGUUCCAGGAGGAUUAGGUCCAGGAAGAGUUGGUACUGGAGAUGUUGGAACAGGUGUCAGACCAGGAGGGGUUGGUCCAGGUGGAAUUUUUCCAGGAGUAGGAUCAGGAGGAGUUGGUCCCGGAGGAUUUGUUCCAGGAGGAGUAGGUCCAGGAGGACUUGUUCCAGGAGGAAUAGGACCAGGAGGAGUUGGCUUGGGUUAUGGUCCUGGUGGAGUGGGAGUAGGAGCUGGUGGAAAACCCAGGAAAACAGGUGGACUAGGUCUUGGCGGAGCUGGAUUUGGUCCUGGUGGUACAGGUUUUGGCCCUUUUGGAACUGGAUUUGGCCCUGGUGGAGCUGGAUUUGGACCUGGUGGAGCUGGAUUUGGUCCUGGUGGAGCUGGAUUUGGCCCAGGUGGAGCUGGAGUUGGUCCUAGUGGAGCUGGCAUUGGCCCUGGUGGAGCUGGAGUUGGUCCUGGUGGAGCUGGAUUUGGCCCAGGUGGAGCUGGAGUUGGUCCUAGUGGAGCUGGCAUUGGUCCUGGUGGAGUUGGAGUUGGACCUGGUGGAACUGGCAUUGGCCCUGGUGGAGUUGGAUUUGGACCUAGUGGAGCUGGCAUUGGCCCUGGUGGAGUUGGAGUUGGACCUGGUGGAGCUGGCAUUGGCCCUGGUGGAGCUGGAGUUGGUCCUGGUGGAGCUGGAUUCGGCCCAGGUGGAGCACCUAUAUUGCCACAAACUGGAUUGCCAGGCACUGGCACAGGCCCUGGACACAAAGUUGGCAAGACAGGGAAAGCACCAGUACCAGGUGUUAGUGUUCCAGGGUUGUACCAGGGUGGGAUUGUUCCUGGACAAGGUUUUGGUGGCCAGGGCGUUUUGCCUGCUGUCGCUACAGGAUCUCAGACUGCUCAGCUGGGUCAAGGUGGACAAGAUGGAGUUGGGACCAAUGGUGGUCGUGGGAGCUUUACUGGACAGCAGUUACCAGGAGUGUUCCGUGGAUACCCUCUGAUUUCACCAAAACUUGGAGGACCUGGUUCAGCUAAGUCUCAGGCUAAAGCUGCUAAGUAUGCAGCUGGACUUGGUUUAGGAACUGGAGUAGGGGGUGUACCUGGAGCUGUGCCAGGAGUAGGUGGUGUACCUGGUGGUAUUCCUGGAGCUGUGCCAGGAGUAGGUGGUGUACCUGGUGCUGUUCCUGGUACAGGAGGCGUACCUGGAGCUGUGCCUGGAGUAGGUGGUGUUCCUGGUGUUGUUCCUGGUACAGGAGCCGUACCUGGAGCUGUGCCUGGAGUAGGUGGUGUACCUGGUGCUAGUGCUACACCUGGAGGUGGUGUUCCUGGUUUUGGUGGACCUGGAGGCUUGUAUCCCAGUGGAACCUAUCCAGGAGCAGCAGCCAAAGCACGGAAGUAUGGACUUGGAACUGGUGGGGUUGGUGCUGGUGCACUUCCCGGGUCUGGACUUGGAACUGGUGGACUUCCUGGGUCUAGCCUUGGAGCUGGUGGAUUUCCUGGGUCUAGCCUUGGAACUGGUGGACUUCCUGGGUCUGGCCUAGGAGCUGGUGGACUUCCUGGGUCUAGCCUUGGAACUGGUGGACUUCCUGGGUCUGGCCUUGGAGCUGGUAGAGUUCCUGGGUCUGGCCUUGGAGCUGGUGGACUUCCUGGCUCUGGUGUUGGAGUUGGUCCAGGAGGAUAUGCUGGAGCCAAAGCACGGAAAUAUGCUCAGCUUGGAGGUCCUGGUGGGGCUUUAGGUGCUGGUGGAUUGCCAGGUGGAAUUGGAACUGGUGUUCUUCCGGGGUCUGGACUUGGAACUGGUGGACUUCCUGGCUCUGGACUUGGAACUGGUGGACUUCCUGGCUCUGGAUUUGGAACUGGUGUUCUUCCAGGCUCUGGACUUGGAACUGGUGUACUUCCAGGCUCUGGACUUGGAACUGGUGUACUUCCAGGCUCUGGAUUUGGUACUAGUGGACUUCCUGGUUCUGGUGUUGGAGCUGGUGGACUUCCAGGCUCUGGUGUUGGAGCUGGUGGACUUCCAGGCUCUGGUGUUGGAAUUGGUCCUGGAGGAUAUGCUGGAGCCAAAGCGAGGAAAUAUGCUCAGCUUGGAGGUCCUGGUGGGGCUUUAGGUGCUGGAGGAUUGCCAGGUGGACUUGGAGCUGGUGGACUUCCUGGCUCUGGAUUCGGAACAGGUUUGCUCCCUGGCUCUGGUCUUGGAGCUGGUGGACUUCCUGGCUCUGGACUUGGAACUGGUGGACUUCUAGGCUCUGGACUUGGAGCUGGUGGACUUCCAGGCUCUGGACUUGGAACUGGUGGACUUCCUGGCUCUGGACUUGGAACUGGUGGAUUUCCUGGCUCUGGACUUGGAACUGGUGGACUUCCUGGCUCUGGAUUUGGAACUGGUGGACUUCCUGGCUCUGGUGUUGGAAUUGGUACUGGAGGAUAUGCCGGAGCCAAAGCAAGAAAAUAUGCUCAGCUUGGAGGACCUGGUGGAACUUUAGGUGCUGGAGGAUUGCCAGGAGGACUUGGAACUGGUGGACUUCUGGGCUCUGGUCUUGGAGCUGGUGGACUUCCGGGCUCUGGUCUUGGAGCUGGAGGACUUCCCAGCUCUGGUCUUGGAGCUGGUGGACUUCCAGGCUCUGGUCUUGGAGCUGGUGGACUUCCCGGCUCUGGUCUUGGAGCUGGUGGACUUCCAGGCUCUGGUCUUGGAGCUGGUGGACUUCCCGGCUCUGGUCUUGGAGCUGGUGGACUUCCCACUUCUACUUUUGGAGUUGGUCCAGGAGGAUAUGCGGGAGCCAAAGCAAGAAAAUAUGCUCAGCUUGGAGGUCCUGGUGGGGCUUUAGGUGCUGGAGGAUUACCAGGAGGACUUGGAACUGGUUUUCUUCCUGGCUCUGGACUUGGAACUGGUGGACUUCCAGGCUCUGGUCUUGGAGCUGGUGGACUUCCCGGCUCUGGUCUUGGAGCUGGUGGACUUCCUGGCUCUGGUCUUGGAGCUGGUGGACUUCCCGGCUCUGCACCUGGAGCUGGUGGACUUCCUGGCUCUGGUCUUGGAGCUGGUGGACUUCCCGGCUCUGGUCUUGGAGCUGGUGGUCUUCCCGCUUCUAGUUUUGGAGUUGGUCCAGGAGGAUAUGCGGGAGCCAAAGCAAGAAAAUAUGCUCAACUUGGAGGUCCUGGUGGGGCUUUAGGUGCUGGAGGAUUACCAGGAGGACUUGGAACUGGUGGACUUCCUGGCUCUGGACUUGGAGCUGGUGGACUUCCAAGCUUUGGACUUGGAACUGGCAUGCUUCCUGGCUCUGGUCUUGGAGCAGGUGGACUUCCAGGCUCUGGGCUUGGAGCUGGUGGAAUUCCAGGCUCUGGUCUUGGAGCUGGUGGACUUCCAGGCUCUGGUCUUGGAGCUGGUGGACUUCCAGGCUCUGGUCUUGGAGCUGGUGCGGGAGGAUAUGCAGGAGCCAAAGCAAGAAAAUAUGCUCAGCUUGGAGGUCCUGGUGGGACUUUAGGUGCUGGAGGAUUGCCAGGGGGACUACCAGGGGGACUACCAGGGGGAUUACCUGGGGGACUUGGGACUGGUGGUGUAGUUGGCAGUGGACUUGGGGGAAUUGGUGGUGUACCAGGUGUUGGUGGCCUGCCUGGUGGAGGACUUGGACCUGCUCCUGGACUUGGGGGUGGUGGCCUUGGACCUGGAGGAGUACCUGGUGGUAGUCUUGGACCUGGAAGUGUGGCAGGUGGUGGCUUUGGGCCUGGAAGUGUUCCUGGUUUUGGACCUGGAGGGUAUUUUGGAGCUAAAGCUCGGAAAUAUGGAUUGCCAAGUGGAGCAGGUGGUACUACUGGAGUCGGAUUGCCUGGAGGAUUAGGAGGAGUACUUGGUGGUGGAUUAGGGCCAGGAGUACCAGCUGGUAGCCUUGGUGCUGGAGUGGUUCCAGGAGGUGGAGUUGUACCUGGAGGUGUACCAGCUGGAGGUUAUGGACCUGGGGGUGUGCCUAGGGGCUAUGGUCCAGGCAGUGAGGGAUAUGGACCAGGUUCGAAAGCUGCUAAAUAUGGUCAACCUGCUACUGGAACUGGGACUGUGUUGGGUGGCGCAGGGUCCGUUCCAGGAGUUGUUGGAACCGGAAUCACAAGCGCAGGAACAGGGGCUGGAACUGUAACCGGUGCAGGAGUUCCACGAGACACAGGGAGAGCAGUAGGAGAAACAGGAGUUCCAGGCAGUAGACCAACAGAAUCGACGGAUCAGAGAGUUGAUGAAGAUGUUAGGACUGGGAAUGACACUACAGAAGGACCAGAUGCUACUAAGGCUCCAAGGCUGGGUGAAACAGGUGCAGUAAUCGAGGGAUCUGGGAUUUCCAUUGGUGGUGGUCCAAGUGAAGGAGUUACCGGUGGUCCUACUGAUGGUGAUGGGCUUGAUGGGGUUACUGGGACAGGAAUACCCAUUCUAGCUGCUGGCAAACCAGGUGGAGUAGGUGAUGGUCUACCAGGAGCCAAACCUCUAAAACCUCCAGGUGGUGUCAUACAUGGACGUGGAGAUACUCCAGGUAGAACUGGUGAAGAGCUUAGUGCAACUGGUAGGGGACCAGGUGGAGCUGGAGGGGGACCAGGUGGAGUUGGUGGAGGUCCAGGUGGAGUCGGAGGUGGUCCGGGUGGAGUCGGAGUCAGACCAGGUGGAGUUGGAGGAGGUCCCAGUGGAGUAGGAGGUGGACCAGGUGGAGUUGGAGGAGGUCCCGGUGGAGUAGGAGGUGGACCAGGUGGAGUUGGAGGAGGUCCCGGUGGAGUUGGAGGUGGACCAGGUGGAGUUGGAGGAGGUCCUGGUGGAGUUGGAGUUGGACCGGGUGGAGUUGGAGGAGGUCCCGGUGGAGUAGGAGGUGGACCAGGUGGAGUUGGAGGAGGUCCCGGUGGAGUUGGAGGUGGACCGGGUGGAGUUGGAGGAGGUCCCGGUGGAGUUGGUGGUGGACCAGGUGGAGUUUCCACCAGCUCUGUAGGUGGAACACUUAAACCCCCCAAAGGAUACCUUAGUACAGGUGGAGGAGUCCUUGGUGGUAUUGGAGGCCCAGGUGGAGCAAUAGGGCCUGGAGUGACAACAGGAGCAGGCUUUUUACCUGGAAGUAGCAGUCUUCUGCCAGGAGGUACAGGAACAGGAACUGGAGGUUAUGGUGGCGUCGGAGGUUUAGGUAGCAGCAGCCUUCUUCCUGUGAAUGGUCUAAGGUUCCCAAGUGGAGCUGCUGUGGGUAACAAAGGUCCUGGAUAUGGCCCUGGAAUGGGAAAGCCAGCCAAAAGCUACUGGGGAGCACCUGGUGGGGUAGGUGGCCUAGGAGGUCUUGGAGGAGUCCCUGGAGGUGUUGGCACUGGUCUGGGAGGAGUUGGUGGAGGUCAAGGAAGCAUUGGUGGAGGACCUGGUACAGUUGGAGGUGUUCUGGGUGGUCAAGGAGGAGGUUUGGGCUACCCAGGUGGUGCAGGACUAAGAGCUGGGAAACCUGGGAAAUCAGGAUUUGGCAGUUUAGGUGGAGCAGGAGGCCUAGGACUUGGUACAGGUGGGGCUUUAGGAGGAGGUCCCGGAGGUGUAGGUGGAGGGCUAGGAGGCAUAGGAGGAGGACCUGGUAACAUCUACCCAGGUGGUGCUGGAUUGGGAGCAGCGUUUGGGAAGCCUGGUAAAUCAGGAUACGGCACAGGCGCCUUUGGAGGUCAAGGUUACCAGCCAGGUAGUGGAGUGCCAGGAUACGGUGGUGGUGGUGGUGGUGGUGGUGUGGGAGGCUUCCAGCAGCCACUCACAGGCUACGGUGGCACUGGACCAGGAGGAGCUGGAAGUCCACCACUUACACCUCAACAAUAUAAAGCAGCCAAAUACGCAGCUCUCCAGAGUGCUCUAGGUGCCAGAGGAUACAGAGGAGGUGCAGGGUGCCCAGGCAAAUACUGCGGUGGGAGGAGAAGGAAAUGAGAGACCUGCGACCCGAAGUGACCUCAACAAGUGGUGCUACUGCACAAUCUCGAAUGUACUUUUUUUUCCUUUUUGUUGUUUUUUACUGGGAGAAUAAAAAGGCCUAAGGUUUACCCGCUCAAAGUGCACCUCCUCGUUCCACGCGACAGACGUUACCUUGUACAUAGCUUGGAUUCAGUGUGCACUUACACAUGCACUCGUGGCACAAUGUAAACCCCCAUGUUUCAUUUACACACACACACAUAUACACUGGUUAAUACCUAAUGGACAGGCUUUAUUACAGCACUCAAGGGUUCGUCAUGUCACUGCUUUUCAUUUUCACAGUAACCUCACUGUACAUUUUCACCAGGAUACCUGAUGUGUGUUAAAGCCUGUCAGCCUUCACUUUCACUUCCGUAACUAGGUGUGCUGUCUGGGGAAAUGUUGCUGCUAUGUACUGUAAUAGACAAACUGUGAUAGUAAUAUCAAGUUGUCAUUAAGCUAAGUGGAUCAGUCCACCUCAUUACACACACACAUGCUUUUCUGCCUUUUUAAUGGUGCCUAAAUAUUUUUUUUUCUUUUCAAUCAAGAGGAGCUUAAACCUGACCUCCUCAAUGCUCGAGCACGAUGCUCUUGAAACCUAGAUGUGCUCCACGCAUUGUGCAUUAACAUUUCAUUGAACAAAUUGUACUUUCUGCUGUAGGAAGUAUUUUAUCAAAGUACUGAGGAAGUUCAUGAGCUCACACCUCAGGAGUUUCUAGUAUAGUUUUUAGACCAGAAUCUUCUGGAUUCAUUUAGUGUUGCUUAUGCAUUUAACCUUCGCUGUGUCUGAGUUCGGUUUUCUUACUGUAUGAUUUUUCACUGUAUGUGCUUUUUGUUUUUUUGUUAGUUUGUUUAAAAAAAGAAAAAAAGAAAAACCUGAGAUAAUGGGAAUCUUAUUCAUUACCAACAGGUUUGAAAUGUUUACCCUUUGAUUUUCACAAACAAUGAAAAUCAUAUCAAACUUUUAUUCAUGUGAUGCAUUUUACAUUUUUUUUAACUGAAUAAUAAAAUAAAGGAUAUUAAGGAUA